CCUCCUUGCACGCCCCGUGCUUUCCAGCAAGCCGCCUGCUGGUGUCUCUGCUGCCUUCGUCGAGGCUGAGCGCCGGAGAGGAGCGGAUGAGCCAGGGCGAGGAGCCGCGGGGCUGAGGUUGCCUGGUGGUGGGCUAGAGGGCGGUGCCGGCUGCCUUCAAUGUGGCCGGAGCCCCCUGGCACCGAAGUUGAAGGCUGGGGUCGGGCUGAGCUACGCCUGCCAUGGCUCCUCUGGCCGGGAUCGCCUUGCUUCUUCUCGCCUGCUGGAUGCUCCUUUUGGCCCCGGGGGCCCCGCAGAGUCCCGGGCAGAAAGAUUCUAUUUUGGGAAAUCUAGAGGAAUACAGGCUGGUCGUCCCAACUAGCACAGACUCAAAAGGCAGGUUCGUCUCCAAAGUCGUGUCGGGAGCAUCAAAGAGGCGUUUCCCAAGAGACACCAGGGAUCUUCCUCAGGAUGCUGCAGGCAAGGAAAUUUUUUACAAUGUCACUGUUUUUGGACAAGAAUUCCACUUCAGUUUAAGACCAAAUUCCCGGCUGGUGGCUCCUGGAGCAACUGUCGAAUGGCAGGAGGAUUCAAACAUCACUUACACUGAACCGCUUCAUGGGGAUUGCCUCUAUGUGGGGCAUAUCACGGACUUGCCUAAUGCUUCUGUUGCGAUCAGCAAUUGUGAUGGGCUGGCUGGCAUGAUUCGCACGGACAAGGACGAGUAUUUCAUUGAACCUCUGCAGAAGGGGAAACAGGAGGAGGAAGAAGGAAGGACCCAUGUGGUAUACCGCAGGACAGCUGUCAAGGGAACAUUUCACAGAGAGCACCCAGACACCCAGCCUAGAGAGGCUGAUUUCAGCAAUCUAGACAGCAUGCUGUAUCUAUUGAAAGAUGAAAUCAGUUCCUCGAGGAAGAGGAGGAGAUAUCCAAGACAUGCGGCUGACGAUGACUACAACAUUGAAGUGCUUCUUGGAGUUGAUGACUCAGUUGUACAGUUCCAUGGGAAAGAACAUGUUCAGAAGUAUCUUCUGACUCUGAUGAACAUUGUUAAUGAAAUCUAUCAUGAUGAGUCUUUAGGUGCCCAUAUUAACGUUGUCCUGGUAAGAAUCAUCUUGCUGAGCUAUGGAAAAUCCAUGAGUUUAAUUGAGAUUGGCAAUCCUUCUCAAAGUUUAGAGAAUGUGUGUCGUUGGGCCUAUCUACAACAAAAACCUGAUACUGGACAUGCAGAAUAUCAUGACCAUGCAAUUUUUCUCACAAGGCAGGACUUUGGACCUUCUGGAAUGCAAGGCUAUGCUCCAGUUACUGGCAUGUGUCACCCAGUCCGAAGCUGUACACUUAAUCAUGAAGAUGGCUUUUCCUCAGCAUUUGUUGUAGCCCAUGAAACUGGACAUGUAUUAGGCAUGGAACAUGAUGGCCAAGGGAACCGAUGUGGGGAUGAAGUGCGGAUGGGAAGUAUAAUGGCACCGCUGGUCCAGGCCGCAUUCCAUCGCUUCCAUUGGUCUCGCUGCAGCCAACAGGAACUGAACCGAUACCUGCAUUCCUACGAUUGUUUGCGUGAUGAUCCUUUUGACCAUGACUGGCCUUCCCUUCCUCAACUGCCGGGACUCCACUAUUCCAUGAAUGAGCAGUGCCGCUUUGAUUUUGGUUUAGGCUACAUGAUGUGCACAGCUUUCCGCACCUUUGAUCCUUGCAAGCAGCUGUGGUGCAGUCAUCCUGAUAAUCCCUACUUCUGCAAAACAAAGAAAGGACCUCCAUUGGAUGGAACUAUGUGUGCUCCUGGAAAGCAUUGUUUUAAAGGUCACUGUAUCUGGUUAACUCCAGAUAUCUUGAAGCAAGAUGGAAAUUGGGGAGCAUGGAGUAAAUUUGGUUCCUGUUCCCGAACUUGCGGAACAGGAGUGAAAUUCCGGACACGCCAAUGUGACAAUCCACACCCUGCUAAUGGAGGCCGCACAUGUUUUGGACCAAGCUAUGAGUUUCAGCUAUGCAAUAGUGAAGAUUGUCCUGAUGGUGAUGAAGACUUCAGAGAGGAGCAGUGCAGGCAGUGGGAUCCCGUUUUUGAAUAUCAGAAUAUGAAGCAUCACUGGCUUCCAUAUGAACAUACUGAUGCUAAAGAAAGAUGCCAUCUCUACUGCGAGUCCAAGGAGACUAAUGAUGUGGUGUAUAUGAAAAGAUUGGUACAUGAUGGAACACGGUGCUCCUAUAAAGAUUUGCACAGUAUCUGUAUGCGAGGAGAAUGCCUGAAAGUCGGCUGUGACAAAGUAAUAGGCUCAUCAAAGCAAGAAGAUAAAUGUGGUGUGUGCGGUGGAGACAACACCCAUUGCAAAGUGGUUAAAGGAACAUUCUCCAGGGCACCAAAGAAACAAGGAUACCUCAAGAUGUUUGACAUUCCAGCUGGUGCCAGGCAUUUACUUAUACAAGAAUCCGAUCCUACUGUUCAUAAUCUCGCGAUCAAGAACCGAGAAACAGGAAAAUUUAUUCUAAAUGAAAACAACUAUGUGCCAGACUCCAAAACUUUCAUCCACAUGGGUGCAGAAUGGGAGUAUCGGAAUGAUGAGGACAGGGAAAUGGUCCAAACGAUGGGUCCUUUACAUCAUGGCAUCACCAUUUUGGUAAUUCCUCAUGGUAAUGGGAAGAUUUCAUUGACAUACAAAUUUAUGAUCCAUGAAGAUUCUUUAAAUGUUGAUGAUAACAAUGUCUUGAAAGAUCCUGUACCAUAUGAAUGGGCUCUGAAAAAAUGGACCCAGUGCUCAAAACCUUGUGGAGGAGGCUACCAGUUUACAAAAUAUGGUUGCCGGAGGAAGAAUGAUCUGAAGAUGAUCCGUCGCAGUUACUGUGAGUCUAUCUCAAAGCCCAGGCCUAUUCGUAGAAUGUGCAAUCUCCAGGAAUGUUCCCAGCCAAUAUGGGUGAUAGGUGACUGGGAACCUUGCAGCAAAAGUUGUGGGAAAACAGGAUAUCAGGUGCGUUCAGUACGAUGUAUCCAAACAUUGCACGACAACACAAACCGUUCUGUCCAUACCAAAUACUGCAGCAGUGAUCGUCCGGAGGGCAAGAGGGUUUGCAAUCGGGAACUUUGCCCUGCACAGUGGUGGAUUGGACCCUGGUCACAGUGUUCUGUAACCUGUGGUAAUGGCACACAAGAAAGGCCAGUUCUCUGCAGGACAAGAGAAAACAUUACUGGCUUUUGUAAAGAAGAUAGGCCAGAAACAACAAGACCCUGCAGGCUACCUUCAUGUCCCAAAAAUUCAUCAGAUACAUCCAAGAAGACCUAUAUGAUACAGUGGCUGUCAAGACCGGACACAGAUUAUCCUAUCCAGAAAAUAUCUUCAACAGAACAUUGCAAAGAAGACAGAUCAAUGUUUUGUCGCAUGGAAGUUCUCCACCGGUACUGUACCAUUCCUGGAUAUAAUAAACUGUGUUGCAAGUCUUGUGGUAUGUAUGCUAAUGAAACAGGGCAUGGCAACUCAACAGUUAAUGAUAUUGAAGAGGACAUCACUCCCACCCUUGCAACAUCUGUUGAAGAUCACACACCACAUAGAGCAACAGGUCCACCAGAUGUUGCCAAGGUAAAUAUCUCCAGUUCUAAUGUGACCAUAGAGCAGCCAGAAGGCAACACGCUGGAUGCGCCCUAUAAAAUUCAUGAGAGGGAAAAUGAAGUGCCACAACACAACAUCAUCUGGAGGAGGAGACCACCAUAUGAAAGGACAAAGAACCAAAGAAUUCAGCAGCUGAUUGCAGAAAAAAGGAAAAAAGGAAUGCUCAGGGAAUUGCGUUAAAUUGGAAAUAUAACUCUAUAUACAGAUAUAUAUAUAUUUUCUCUCUUAUAGAGAUGUUACAGUAUUGCAGUAUUGCCCAUGCCAACCUAGAGACUAAUUUUUUUAAUAGUGGUGCUAUGGCAGAAAUGCCUAAUGCUACAGCUUGCAAUACAUAGACAUGUAGGCUUAUUUAAUUAAAGAAAAGAUAAACAGCAUAACAAAUGUUAAGUUACAAAUAUCCACUGAAAAUGAUACAAUGGCAUCAUAGCUUAACAGCUAUGCAACAAUGCUACAUACAGGUAGUCCUUGUUUAAAGACUGCCUUGAUUAGCAACCAUUUGCAGUCAUGACCAUGAUAAAAAAAUGUUACUUUACAACAAGUCCUCAUAUUUAUGACCUUCACAGUUCUGUAAAGCAAGAUAAAUUGAAGUAAGAUCAUAAGUAUGGUUGCAGUUUCACUUAGCAACCACUUUACUUAAUGAGUUGCUGAUCCCAAUUGUGGCCACUUAAACAAGGACUACUUGUAAUAAAUGUCAGCAGGGUUAUUUCUUUUUAUUUACCAUCUUGCUCCAUCUCUGUGUAUGUUUGAAUCCAAUGGAAUCUACCUGGGUAAUACUAUAUAAAGUCUUAUCAAUCGAUCCAAAAUACUUAAUAAGCCUACAAAACAGCCUAUAGAAUUUCAGUAGCAAUGAAGUAUGUGUCUGUUUUUUAAAAAACGAUUGUCAUUUAUUUGGACAGGUCAAAUUGUUCCAUGUACUACAACUUUGAUAUCCAUUGCGAACCCAAAUAUGCUAAUCUUUUCAUUGAAUUCAAAGGUGCUACUUCCACACUCAGGGAUGACAAAAAGUCUAACUGAAGUGUUGAGGAAUUAAUUCAAUCUGAUUUUGGGAGCCAAACCCAAUUAAUUGCAAUAACCACUUGAAAAGCACACUUGGUGAUGUUACUGUACAAAAUCCAGCUGGAAAAUAAUGUUCUUCAGAAAUAGUAAAAGAACAUUAAAGAAAGAGUUCUAAGGCUAUCUCUGUACAACUAUCAAGUUUUCCAUCUCAUUCAUGAAGAAGGAAUGUUAUAGCCAUAGGUGCACAAGACGUUUGAGUAUGAGCUCCACAUUUCAUCUUUAAAGAUUAUGCUGAAAAGCCCACACUCCAGAAUGAUGAUGGGGCCAGGACAAAAGAAUGGGCAAAGCCAGGACAAAAAUCCAAAAUUAAAUUAAUUUAAUGUGUAUAUAUAUAAUCAAACUGCAAGACAAGAUAAUUCCCAAUAUAUUUAACAGUUUCCCUUUCAUUAGCUUAAAAGUGACAUGCUGGAGGCCCUUUUGUAAGGAACUGUACCCAACCUUUCACAGGUGUCAUGAGGCUGUGGACCUCAAGAUCUAUACCUCUGACCUUAAGGAUUGCAAGACCCUUCCAAUCUCUGUGUGACUUUUCAACUUCUCAGACACCAAAAAAACCCAAAAACCCUUAUUUAUGAUAUACCAACUCCUGAAUCAUCUUCAGCAAAUUGUGAUGCAUCAUCUUCAUGCAAAUUGUGUUGAAGAAGCCUGAAGGAGAUACUUGGUGGCAUCAUCCACCAAAUGCCAUGCUUACACACUUGAAUCCAAUCUCUGAUUCAAAUAUAUAAAUGGCAAUAAUUGUGUUGCUGUUGCACCAGUCUUGUCAUUUCUCCCCUUCCCAUGAAUGCCCACACUAAGCCCAUCAACUUUAGGUAGAUGACCCACGUACUAAAUCUAACUCCACUAUAAAAAUAUGGUUUGUAUUGUACAUUUAAAGAACUAAGUUGCCUUGCACAUGUUUUUAAUAUACAAAUUUGUCUUCUAAAAGUGUGCUUAGGCCACAAAUGUUGAUUUGAGAUUCCAUUCAAUACUUCAGACAAUAAUCAUUCUGACUCAAAAUGAAAAGAGACUAGCUUUAUUCUAAAGCUAGAACAAGCCUGCAUCAAACUGUAUAACUGCAGCAAAAAUGAAGAUCAAUGUUUUGUUACUUUUUGCAAGAAGUGAUGAACUUUAUAGGACCAAUAGGACCCUCUAAGAGUGAAGCCUAUUCAGUUACAAAAAGAGAUGCAGUGAUGCUCUUUUGUUUGUUUUUAGUGUCAAAAUUGGCAAGCAAUAUAUAACAUUCAUUCUUGUUCUGUUGGGAUUCUUACAUAAAAUACAAGCUUAAGGUACUUGUUUAAACAAGUACUUUGGUUAGAUGAUACUUCAUUAAAACAACUAAUGUUAUCCUUUGGCAAAUAUUUUGAUUCUGAGAUCUCUUUAAAAGCUUAAAAUGAGCACUCAGUGGUCUCCAAAGUGCUGUAGGCGAGGAUUCCUACUUGGAAGUCCCCCUUAUGAAGUCAUUCAGUGAUUAGAGGGGUGAUGGGUCAGUCUCUUGACUCUGCUCUCCUUUCCUUCUCUUCCACAAUUUGGUGGUUAUGGAAACAAAACAGAUUUUGCAAACAGCCUCUGUCUCCAGCAACAUGAGGCACUCAUAAACACUCUUGCUCAAAUCGACGUUUCCUUGCAUGGAUCUUCUUUGACCUUAAUCGCAGAUUUGGCCAUGAUUUGGAAUUUAUUUGAAUCACAUGUGCAAUCCUCCUGACCCCAUGAAUCACAUUUUCAAAAACUAUUUGAAAUUAAAUUGUAUACAUUAACUCACUGGAAAGAUAGCUUAAAUAAUCCUAAUGUCACUAUUCCCCCCCUCCCUGCCCCCCCCCCAUUUCAUACUCUUAAAAGCUUGUGGUAAAAUGAUUGCUUUUAUUCAAAUCUUAAUGAUUUAAAUGACUGGAUUUUCUUUUUUAUUUCAGUUGGUGCUUUUUGUUUGAAGAAAGUGUAGCUUUUGUUUAUUGUCUACAUAUUGCACAUAUCCACUGGGGUAGUGAACAAUUUGUGCUAUCAACAGGUAAUUAGGUCUACUGUAUUGUUGCAGAAGGAACAGAUGUCAUUAGGCAUAUAAAUGCAUAACGAUACUGAAUCUGCUUAGAUUUUAACAACCUCUGUUUGUCAGCCCUUUGAGUCCCGGUUUCCUCUUGCACAGCGCUUUCUGAAAGCAUGCAUGGAUAUCAGCAGCAUCACGGGUACGUUACCGCUCACUUGGUUUAAAGAGAGAGCUGCAUUUAUUCAUGGGUAACAUCCCCCCUCCCACAGAAUUUUUUUCUUUUUAGUAAAUGCGCUUGUGAAUAUAGCUUUGCUUUGAUUAUAGACCUUUUCACCUGCAAACAAAAGCAAGCAAGCAAAAACAUUUAAAGCCAUCUUGAUGGCUAGAGAGUAGGUAUCAGCAUAAACUGGUGGCAGGUUUAAAAACAGCUUACCUCAAUGGUUGGUGAGAAAACCCAAGGCUAGGCAAAUAGUUUGCAUGCUAUUCUCAACAACUGAUGAUUCUUUCAUUACAUUCCUGGAUUCCUGGACACUUCCCCUGUUGAUUGAACUGAUAUAUUUGUUGUCUUUAUCUGAGCAAUGCAUGUAAAAGAAAUCCUUUGCUGUCCUUACCCUCAAAAUCUAACUGAAGAAGCACCUGUAUUACUGCAGGUUUUAAAUAAAUAAUCACUGAAAUCUG